GAUGCAUUCAGCAUACGCGUAUCUCCGCGUCGCAGCCCUGGAUAUGGCAAACCCGACGAACGCGCACAACGAUUCAACGCCGGCAUUAAACACGCACACCGACUCGACCAAGGGAGCUCUCGGUCAUUCUCGAGGAAAGUCCCUCGCCAACUGUGGUUUCAACGUCGAUUAUGACACCAAAGAGGUCGAGCGACUGGCGCAAGAGAUCAGAGACGGCACAGUGGCCGAGAUUCUGCUAGAGCUUUUCGUGCAAUGGAUCUUCCAAGAUGACAGGAACUACGUCGAAGCCAAGAAGUACAUCCGCGAGCUCGCUGUGGAUCAGGAUUAUCCACUCUCCCGCAUCGCGAACGAGAGCGUACGCAAGCUUGUCGAAGACUGCUACGAGCUUCGCCCUGAAUACAAGGCUCCGAUUACCAACGAGCGCGAGAACACGGUCGGUUUACUCGAGAUUCUCCAAGAAAGCGCGAUCAAGCCUAGUACUCCGAAGAACAAGCUCCGCUCGCGCGUGUCACUGCCAUCGUCGCUGAGGAGGCCAUCCUUACCUUUGCCGACGCACUCUCCCAGCUGGAAGGAAGAGUCUCCUAUCAAGGAAGCCGAAGAGGAAUCGAUCAUGUUCACGAGCCACUUGAUCUCGCCCAUCUCAUCGCCUCUUACGCCCCGCGAAGCCGGCUCAUUCCCAAAGUUGAAGAAGAUGCUGUCCGUUGCCGCUAGCAUUAGUAGUCCCUCUGUUGUCACCGCUCCUCGUUCCCGAAGUCAGCAGUAUCCGCCAGACACACCCGACCGUCCAGCACCACUCACUGUGGUCAAGUCUAAGACUCAUUCCACUCUGAAGUCGGGAACUGUUCCUUCGGUGUCGACGCCAAGCCGUACUCGCUGGGUAGUACCUCUCCCGCCUGACGGUGAUUCGCCACCGCCCUCGGUACCAGCUAUUCCCUCGUCCUCGCAGUUCACACCAUCAUCGAAGCCAAAGCCAAAGCCGAAGUACUCCUUGAUCCCUCCGCGGUACGCUCGGCAACCCAGGCACGAGAACCCCUCUAGCUCUCAGGACGACGACUACGCCACCAUCGUUGGAUCUCUCACGACGGCCGCGACGAAGAGCCCAGACAGUCCCGCUCCGACCGUUACCAAUCCAUUGACCAGCCCGGCCGCUAGCUCAGGUUACUCAGACAGAGACGAGCCGAAGCGAUUCAGCGUCAUGGGUGACGAUGGCGUUACUGACAGCCGUCACGAUACCCCAAGUGUGGAUGAUAGGACUCCGAAGGCCCCGCGCCGUGCCUCGGAGUAUACUAGCACCUCGGAUGACUGGUACACCAUCGCGCAUGACGUUUCAGAGCUCGAGGUUACGGCCCGCCCCACGAGCCUCUACGAUUCGUUUGGCUUUCUGAAGGAGGAGUUGUAUCCGCAGGAGGAAGGUGACCCGGUUUCUACCACCAUCGAGUCCACCCCGGAUACCCUGACCCAGUCAUCGCCGCGGCCGCCUAGGGUCGACAGCCUCUCAAAGAUGCCUAGAAUCCCGAGGCUCAGCAAGGUCCCGCCCGAGAAGCGCGCGGCGGCUAAGCUGGCUAGGCAGGAGGCGAUUGAUGGUAAUGAGAUCUGGAUGAGAACCUUUGAUGACCUCCCGCUUCGAAGGUUCGUGAGUAUAUUUGAGGUGGGCUCCCCGCGCACUCGCGCUCCCCAUCCCCCUACACAUACCCCUGCCCCUAUCCUAGUGAGUGAGGAGUUAGAGGAGGACGACGACGAUGUGGCGGUGGAGGAAAGAGAGAGGCUAUUUAGCUUGUAG